AUGCACGGCAAGGAAGUCCUGAAACGAAGCCCUGGCCUGCGGUUUCUCCAGCACGGGAAGAACAAGGAUGGAUGCUGGGGAUACGACGAGUUCAAGCAACAGAUCGAGGACGCCUUCGACGUCUUCGACGUCUUCGAACCCGACAUGCAAGUGGUGGUUGAGAUCGACCACUCUUCGGGGCACACAAGGCAGCGGGAGGAUGGAUUGCAUGUGGGGAACAUGAAUGUCAACAAGUGGAGCACGGAGUUCACCGAGGGGGCAGAGGUCUACGACAUGAAGCUUAAGGUUGGCGACACACAGACCAGCACGUUCGCGGCAAGUUCUCCACCUCCCUUUUACGAGUGGGAUGCGCCGCGCAAAGAUGUGAAGGUCGCGCGCAAGGCUAAGCGCAAGAGCAAAGCGGGAGCGGGGGUUGGCGCAGGCGAUGAAGGGGCGGCUGAUGGGGCUGGAAUAAAGCCUAGGGAUAAGAUCAAGGAAGGGUACGAAGGGAAGGCAAAGGGCUCGAAGCAGUACCUGUGGGAACGGGGAUGGUGGAAAGAGGGGAUGAAUGCUCAGUGGGAAUGGCUGACGAGAAGAACAUCGAGAAAGUCUUGCAGGCACUGACGGAUUUUGAGAGUGAGAGGACGGCGCUGCAGUACUUGGUCGCAGGGGACACAUACUUUUGUUGUCUCCGAAGUGUCACCCAGAGGUAGCGGGGGUGGGGAUCGAGUACUCGUGAUGGUUUUCCAAGCAGAGGUUUCGGCGGAAGUACAACGACAAGUCUCGAAGCACUUGCACGCCAACAUCGAAAAAUCGGUAUGCAGGGGAAAGCAUUUGACGAUCGGUCGGAUGCGACGCUUCGCCCGGCGUACACGAGACUACUGCCGAGCUUACCGCGAAAUACAGCUGGUCGAGAAAAUGCGCGGCACCCAAUAGGCUCACCGCAACAUACUGGACAUGUAGCCCGGUUUCCUUGGCAAGCAGUGACCGGCCGGCCGGAAGGGGGGGGGGUACAUUGUACGGUAGAGAGUUACAUAUACAUGUUGUUGAAGAUUCAACAGUUGUAUAUUUUACGCAGCGUGGGUGUUGUUGUUGGCUUUGUACUACAGGUUUAGCAUAGGCGUGGUUGUGUGCAAAAUAUCGUGCGGUGCUGCCGUAAAAGCCUGCUUUUUUUCCGGUCGAGUUGAGACAUAUUUGUUUGAGUUAGUGCACGCGCAUUUUGGCGUCGUGAGCUUUUAAUACAUGUUUCACAUCAUCACGCCCAGUAGGUACAACUCAUGUACGUCAUGGGCUGGUAGGCAGCGCCAGUAUGCCUCCUCCCAACUACACCGCUUUCGCACACGUCUCUACGGUCCCCAGACCCCUCAUUUUCCUUCGUAAAUGGUGUGCCCCUGCACCCAGGUUCUGAGGCCGGAACGAAAUUCUGGAUUUCCCGCGCGGUUAUUCCGAAUUAGAACCUGAAAUUUUGAGACGGCAUGUGCAUGAGUAC